CAAGUCAGAAGGCAAUAAUAAAAAGCUUGUAAUCUUCUAUUAAUUUUUAUCUCUCUUUUGUAUAACACUACUGAAAUUAGUUUAGAUAAAAUAAAAAAAGAAACCAAAGAAAGGAAAAAGAGAGAAGAGCCGUACUGAUACGCUAUCCUCUUCAUUAAGAUUACACAGAAGAUUUUUCUUUUUCUAUAUUGGAACGUCACUGUUUCUCAUUUAUAAUCCCUCUUUUUAGCGCUUUCUUUCUCUCUGUUUUGGUUUCCUCGGAGGAAGAAACAAAGAAAAAAAGCAACACUCUUUUUUGUUCGAGUAUAUUAUUACACAGAAAGAAAAGAAAAAACAUACACAAAAGAAAAGGAAACACAGAGAUAGAUAUGCAAAGCAGCUUCAAAGCAGCACCUCCUACAAUUCCUCACCCUGAACUAAUGUACUGCCACUCUAAUUCCUUCUUUCUCCGAGAAGAUAAUAGUAGCAGAAACCAGACACGUUUUGCGGAUCUUGGAGAGCUUGAUGAUCAACCUCCUUUUAAUCAACAUGAUGCUGUUGAUUUAAGCCCAAGCUCCAUGUUCAGCUUAAAAUCGGGCAAUGUUACUGUUUUGUCCAAUAACUUGCACUACGCUCAUGCUGCUGCCGCCUUGAACACGAGUAUUGGUUCUGCAGCAGAGAUAGCAACAACAGGAGCAGGGUGUUUGGACACAGGGCAAUACAUGUAUCAUAAAGGGACAACAAUUGGUUCCUCAUUGGGAAACGGGCACCAUAACAACAACAACAAUAAUAAUAAUAAUGGCAUUGAGAACUGGGGGGAUUCAGGAGUCGCAGAUAAUAGCCAACAAACGGAUACUUCAACAGACGUUGACACUGAUGAAAGAAAUCAGCUCCAUGGCCUGCAACAUGGUACAAUGGUGGUUGUAGAUUCCAUGGAUCAAUCCAAGGCAAAAGCUGGUGAUCAAAAGACUCUUCGAAGACUCGCUCAGAAUCGUGAGGCUGCAAGGAAGAGUCGACUUAGGAAGAAAGCUUAUGUCCAGCAGCUCGAGAAUAGUCGACUCAAGCUUGCACAGCUAGAGCAAGAGCUUCAAAGAGCUCGGCAACAGGGAAUGUUUGUUGCAACCGGAUUUUCAGGAGAUCAUGGGGCUGGAAAUGGGGCUGUUGCAUUUGACAUGGACUACACUCGUUGGCUCGAGGAACAACAGCGAUUGAUCAAUGAUUUAAGAUCAGCAGUUAACUCUCAUAUGACUGACAAUGAAUUAUGCCUUCUUGUUGAUGCUGUAAUGGCACAUUAUGAUGAAAUUUUCCGGCUAAAAAGCAUUGGCACAAAGGUUGAUGUAUUUCACAUGCUUUCAGGCAUGUGGAAGACACCUGCUGAGAGAUGUUUCAUGUGGUUGGGUGGAUUUAGAUCUUCUGAGCUGCUUAAGAUACUUGGGAACCAUCUUGAACCAUUGACAGAUCAACAGUUAAUGGGCAUAUGCAAUCUGCAGCAGUCUUCCCAACAGGCUGAAGAUGCCUUGUCUCAAGGAAUGGAAGCUUUGCAACAAUCACUUGUGGACACACUUUCAUCUACCACUCUUGGUCCUGCUGGUUCUGGAAAUGUUGCUGACUAUAUGGGCCAAAUGGCAAUUGCAAUGGGCAAGCUUGCAACACUAGAGAACUUUCUUCACCAAGCUGAUCUUUUAAGGCAGCAAACUCUGCAACAAAUGCAUCGGAUUCUAACAACACGUCAGGCUGCUCGAGCCCUUCUUGUUAUUAAUGAUUACACAUCACGUCUCCGGGCACUCAGCUCUCUAUGGCUCGCACGCCCUAGAGAUUGACAUAUUACUGGGACAGAUCUUCCAUUGGAAUUUCCAAUGCUGUGAAAGCACUGGGGAAAAGAUUAAGCUAUUUAAUCUCCAGUGGUAAAUUUGUAAAAUGCUGAGGUCAUGGAAAUGGGUUAGCAUUAUUGGAACUGUUCUCGGACAGCCCCAUUUUUUAUCUAGCUUCUGAAUAGUUAAACCUGAGGUCCUGCAUUUUACGGAAAUGAUACGUCGAGAAGAAUAUUCUAUAGGGAGUAGGAAAUUGAGGGUAGCUGAGAUAGUUUAUUAUCUCACUUAUAUGUAUUUAAGGUAUGUCCUCCUACCCUUGGAUGGACAUAAUUGCCAAAUCUCAUGUUGGGAUACUUGUCUUUACAUUUUACAGUGUACUAACAAGCAUCUAAAGGUUUACCUUUUGGCUGUUCUCAAAAUCUGGUGUUUUGUCAUGAAAUUCACAACGCAUCGUUGUUAAAAACGCUGUCAAUGUGCGUAUGUUUUUGGUAAUACAUAUUUUCAAUGUUAUUCGACUUGUGAAA